AUGAAAAGCUUGAACUACGUGCAGAGCUACAGCUUGGUGUUUGAUCCGAAAUUCCAGCUGGAGCAGCAGCAGUAUGGUGUGCUUCGGGACUUGCAGAUAUUUGGCACCAGUCCUCCCAUUGACAACAGCACCGAUAGCGUUUUGAUCAACAGCAAAGAGUUCAAAUGGCGAUUUUUGGCGAUUAUCAGGUUGGAGGAUAUAUGCCCUGUGUUUGUUGUUGACAAUAAAAGCUCAUUUUCGUACCAGAUAUAUUCUAACGAUCCAACUUCGAGCGAGUUUUUCAGGGAGUUUCUUGUCAAUUACGACGUUGAAUUUGGGCUAUUGGUCAAAUUACAGAACAGUGGGGAUCUAUUUCUAAUUUACAUUGAUGUAUCAACCAAUGACGAUAACAACCAGAAUGUUAUUAUUAAACUCAUCCCGUUAAAGUUAAACCCAGACGUUGGGAAAUUGCUAAUAAAUCUCCAAAAAACUAACACCAACUACUUGAAUAAGUCGAUGAACAACCAGUUUGUCGAUGGGAUAGUAUUAGAUCACAACAGUCUUGGUAACCAAGAUAAUAAAGACAAGUAUUGGGAUCAGAUUAGCAGGGAUAAUCUCCUAAUCCGCCAAAGCUCUAUGAAUAAGCAAAAUAUCAACAUAUUGGAUAAAUUCAUCAAAAGAAGGAGACUCCCAUCAUAUUUACAGUUCAAUGCUAACAGUUCGUUCAUCGACGACACUGAUAAUGAUGAUAACGACAAUAGCAGAGACAUUAUUGUUAAUGAUAAGAAUCAAGAUGCCAAAAACCACAAGGAAAACAACGCUGGUGCUGAUGUUGAAAAGUUGAAGGUGGAUAUCCAGCGAAUUAUAUUGCUAGGCCUCAGGAUCCGAAACAUCAGCAAGAAAACCAACGAGCAGGAGUUCCAGAAGAUCUACCACCAGACGUACAAAUCCACGGGGUUUGCCAUCCGCAACAAAAAGCAGAUCUCGAAAGACGAGCUCCGGCUGAUUGUGGAAACGUUGCUCACUCUUUUCUGCUGA